UGACCCUCCCAGCUUCUUCUCAUAAGCUUACAUUGUUGAUCAUCUUCCCCGCCUACAUCUACUGAGCUUGGACUCCGUCUGUUCAACUCGAGUUGGACAGUUCCAUCUCCCGGCAUUGCCCACGACCAAGACAGUCACAUCAACUCCCUCCAAGAGACAACCAAGUAACAACCCCGUUACUUGCCCACAAUGUCUCUCCCGGAGCUCCAGCAGUUGCCAGCCCCCCACGGGGACCUGGUCAACUACAUCCACGACCACCCAGAGAAGAAGAUGGUCGAGAUCCUAGAGCCCUACCGUAAGUACGAGGCCCAGCUGCGCUCCGUUUUCGCCCAGGACCGCAAGAAUCCCGCCCUCAACGACCCGCACAUCAACCUCGUGCCCCUCUUCACCAAGGACACCAAGAACAUCAGGACCCGCGCCCGCUUCCUCGCCGCCGAGACGCAGGAGGAAAAGGACCGCUACAUCAUGGCCCUCCCGGACAACAAGCGCCGUGCUAAUGGCUCGCCCGCCGUCGUCUCCGGCCUCAAGGACUUCCAAAAGAACUUUAACGUUUUUUCCGAGUCUUCUCUCGUCGAUAUGAACUGGAAUAACGUCGUUGCUGCCGGUUCUUCAGUCAUCAACACUCUUCUUCCCGUUCCGCCAGAGUUUAACACGACCAAGCGUAAGCUUCGAGAGUACUACCACGAGAAGUUCUGCCCGGCAUCUGAUGUGGAUCUUUUCUUGUACGGCCUUACCCAUGAGGAAGCGCUUGAGAAGAUCAAGGAGAUUGAGGCCUCUGUUCGGGAUGCAAUCUUGACAGAGGUCACGAUAGUUCGUACCAAGUACGCUAUCACCAUUGCUUCUCAGUACCCUACCCGUCACAUCCAGAUCGUAUUGCGUGUAUACAAGUCUGUUGGUGAAAUUCUCACCGGUUUCGAUAUUGACGCAGCCGGCGGUGCCUACGACGGAAAGCAGGUUUGGGUGACUCCUAGAGCCCUGGGGAGCUUCGUCACUCAGGUCAACCAAAUCGAUCUCACCCGCCGGAGUCCCUCCUACGAGAACCGACUGUCCAAGUACAGCCACCGCAACUUUGAGGUGUACUGGCCAGAACUUGAGCGCAGCCGCAUCGAUCCUACCAUCUUUGAGCGCAGCUUCCAGAGGACCCUCGGUCUCGCGCGUCUUCUCGUCCUGGAACGACUUCCCACGCAGUCGGUUCGGGAUACAUACCUCAACAAGCGACGAGAGGAGAGAGGUCGACCCACGACGAACCGGUUCAACCCCCAUCAUCUGCAUGGCAACAUCAAGGACAACUUUGAGGACGAGGUGGCCGACUGGGUUGAUGAGAAUGAUGUGUCCAACUACCACACUUUCACCGUACCCUAUGGUCACGGCUUCCACGCAAAGAAGAUUGAAAAGCUCUGCUAUACAAGAGAUCUCUUGCUCAACGCUGAAUGGAACCAGCCCGACGAGAGAGAGGUGUAUCUUCACCGCCAUCCCGCCUUCUUCGGACGUGUCGAGGACGUCAUUGAGGAUUGCUGCGGCGGCUGCCCAAAGGCUGUCACACCGGAAGAGGUCGAAGUCGCCGAGAGAGAGGCGGAGAUUUACAUCUCAGGAAAGGUCACCUUCUUGAUUGACGACCCGGGUCGGCAGCAGAUUGGCUCUUUCAACCCCCUGACGGAGAACGACUGGACCGACAUGGCCUAUGUCGGAAACACGGCUCGUCUCUGCCAGAGUAUUGUUGACGGCGAUGUCGAGGAAGUCCGAGACUGGCUCUCCCAAGAGGGCGCCGACCCGAACAAGCGCGACUACACGGGACGCACACCUCUCCACCUCGCCGUCAUCAGCUCCACGCCCGAGGUCGUUCGUUGUCUGGUCGAGCAUGGCUCGCGUCUCACUGCUCGCCUUGCUGACGGCAGAACGGCCCUUCAUCUUGCGGCCGAGCGCGGCAACGCUGACAUGAUCAAGAUUCUCAUGGACAAGAGCAUUACCAAUGAAGAAGAGGAGGAAGGAAAGGCCGAUCGCCGCCGCAAAGCGAUCCAGACUCGACUUCAGGACCAGCCCGUUUCAAAGACGUCUAAAGCGCAGGACGACGAAGAUAUGGAUGCCGAAACGGACGGCGAUUCCGACGAUGACGAUGACAUUGAGAUGGUGGACGCGGGCAACACGGACGCCGACGCGACAUCUAUGGCUACCGGCUCUUUCGUUAAUGUCAAGGAUGAGAAUGAAAAGAGCAAGGAAGACCUGGUUCUGGAGGACGACUCGACCGACGAGCCCGACUUCUUCAAGACUGACGUCUUGGCUUGGGAUCUGCCCUGCUCGCCUCUGCACCUUGCCAUCUCCGAAGGAAACGAAGAUGCCGUCAGGCUUCUCUGUGACUAUGGCAGCGACGCCAUCCUCCCCGUCAAGUUCCUCAACUCUGACAAGCAACCCACCGCGGCCAUUUUGACGCUCUCUCUCGCUCUCAAUCUGCCCAUUGAGAAGGCCAAGUCGAUGGCUCUCCUCUUGAUGAAGCUCGGCGCCACCUCGUCCCAGGCAGACAUGAACGGAUGCACAGCGUUCCACCGCUACGUUAAGAACGGCAAUCAGGAGAUGAUUGACACCCUGUGGGAGAACGAUAAGGUCGGACUCAAGACGGCGCUCAACCACAUGGUCUUCGCCGCCAGCUACUGGAACCCGGUGGCCAUCGCGCCCAUCCACACAGCCAUCGAGAACGGCGACGCCGUCUUUGUGCUCAAGUUGCUCGAGGCCGGCGCCAACCCGCAAAUUGACUUUGAUGUUUGGCUGAAGGCUGCAAAGUUCUCCAAGUCGAACAACAGACUUGGUUCGUAUGAGGACAACAAGAAGCAGUUCAACGAAAAUACCGACCAGCCGUUGAUCGUAGCAAUCAAGAACUGCACGGAUCCGGAUGUUGCGCUGAGGCUUAUCGAGAAGGGCGCGGAUCCCAACACGAUGACGACCAACUCGUACCGCGCCAUCGAGAACGAGUACCAGCGCGCGUACAAUAAGGGAGAGACGGCCCUCGACCUUGUGCAGCAGCAGCUCAAGAAGCUACGCGACUUCAAGCGCGACGAGUUCACGCAGGUGAAGCCCAAGCUGUCAGCCGGUAUGGACGAGUUCCUCGCGAGAUACCCAGAAGAUACCUACCAGCACUGGUCGAUCUCCGAGAACAUCUACUGGCGCAGGGUCAACCACAAGAGAGCAGAAGAGAGUUACGAGAAGGCGAAGAAAGACCACGAGGAGCUCAAGGGCUUUCCUGAGAAGGUUGAGGCCAUCAAGGAUGUUAUUGCCUCGCUUGAGAAGCUGGAGAAGGCCAUCAUCGAUAAGGGCGGCAAGACCUUUGCGGAAAUUCAUCCAGACAUCAAGUUCCCGGAGGAUACCGCCGUCCCGCAUAACAGGCCUUGGGAGGCCCAGAAGAAGUUUUACAACUACAGCUAUGUUUUCUCGUUCCGUAACGUUACUGAUGUCACGGAAGUCAGGAAGGCUGCGUACCUGGAGCUGUUCGAGGCAGCUUGGUCCGGCGACUUGGAAAAGAUCAAGUCUCUCACCCUUCAAGCCUGGGGCAAGGACCAGGGGGAGCCUCCUCUGAAGAUGGCAGUGAUCGACAGCAAGGACAACACCCCCUUCUCGCUGGCCUACCUUCGCGGCCACCACGACGUGGCCCACGCCAUCCUGGAGAUCGUUAUGGCCCAGUAUGCACCGGAAGAUCGGGAUGCAAUGCGGUACAAGCUGGACACGGGCGGUCCCAAAGACGAAGACGACGAGGACUACGAGAGCGACGCAGCAUCCAACGACGACCCCAAGAUCAUCUCCGAGAUCGUCGACAAGAAGUUCACCAUUGAGAACAUUGGCCAGGUGUCGAUGCAGGUCAAAUCCACGACCAAGCCGGUCGACUUUCUGGGCCAGAAGACGCACACAUUCAAGCCCGUGGAGGGUAAGGCGCGCAGCUGCAAGAACUCGAGCCAGACGCUCUUCCAGUUCGUCCUGCAGCACGACGACCUUGCGGGGCUCAAGACUCUUCUGGAUAUGGCGAGCCACUUUGCGAGCCAGAAGCUCGUCAGCGGGACUGGCGCGGCUCAGGAUGAGGAGGAUGGCAGGAGUGGCCGCUUCGAGUUCCCUGAGGGUGACUUCCUCUGGGCCGUCAAGCACGGUAAGACGGCGGCUCUCGCGGAGAUUAUCAGCCGUACUGGUGCAGGCAUCCCGCUCGACGACCUCGUUAAGAAGAGCGGCGUCGAGAUGAAGCGCAAGUCCAAGUACUACCUAGGUCUGACGGUCUACGGCAGGAAGAGAAAGGAUUGGGCCACGGCCGGGAGGAACAUGGUGGUUCGCUCCACCGGCGUCAAGACGCCGCCCCUGCUGCACGCCGCCAUGGCCGGCAACAUUGAUGGCGUCGAGUGGUUCCUCGGCGACGCGCCUCACCGUCACUACGUGGACUUUGGCAAGUCCAAGGCGGCUCGCGAGGAUUCGAGACUGAAGCAUCUCAGCCAAGCACCGGGCGGCUUCGACCGAGCCAUCUCCAAGUGGCUAGGCAUUCAGAAUGAACUCGUAAUCCACUGCGCCGUCAUGGGCCCCCCAACAGAACUCACAAACCAAGUCAUCAAAUACCUAGCCCAAGCCUGCCCAGCCUCCCUCGACUACAAGUCCACCCUCGGCGACACGCCCCUCUGGCUCGCCUUCCACUUUGGCCGCCCCGACUUCGCCCGCACCCUCAUCGCCGCCGGCGCAAACCAAAUGGCCCGCAACAACGCCGGCGACAACAUCCUCCACGCCGCCCUGCAAGGGAUGCCCCGCGCCUGCCGCCUCGCGCCCGUCCUCGACCUCGUCGACGCAGGACUCCGCCCGCACCUCGCCCAGCAGCGCAACAACCUCUCCGAGAACAACGGCACGACGCCGCUCCACGCCUGGAUCACGGCCGUCUGUAACUCGCGCCGGACGACGUACCACUACAACCCGGUCGCCAGCAAGAACUACACAGACGACCGCCAGAUCCUCGACGUGCUCGCCCGCCUCCUCGAGUUUUCGAGCGGCAGCGGCGGCGGCGAUAAUGCCGAGCUCGAGAUGCUCAACGGCGCGGGCGACACGCCCCUCCACACCGUCGUCAUGGCCCACGACGACCUUUUGGCGCAGGCGUUGCUGGAGUACAGACCGAAGCUCCUCCACCGCGAAAACGCAGUCGGUCGCACCCCCGCCGAAAUCGCGCGCGAGAACGUCACGGGCGAAAAAUUCCUCGCGCCGAGCCCGAUUACGCUGUUCCAGAGUAACCAAGACCCCUCGACCAUCGUCAGCCGGCCCGUCGAGUCCUUUGUCAAGAAGGACGGCGGCGAUGACAACAGCAGCAGCAGCAACGACGAUAAUAACAAGGAUACGAACGGCGCCCGCCUCACCAACAAACAAAAGACUUGGCGCACCGUCCGCGCCGUACAGGAGCAGAACCCGGACAAGCGGCGCCUCGUCUCCCUCAACGAGGCCAACGACGUCGCGAAGCGGUUGGGGGAGAAGUAUAACGCCAGUCGGUACUUUAGCAUCACGGCGCGGCAGGACGAGUACGCGGACCCCGAGGAUGCGGCGGCAGCAGCAGGUAACAGGGACGAUAAAGAUGAUUUCGCGGCGAGGACGAGGAAUCUCAGCGCCGGGCAGACGUGGAGUUUCCCGCAGGAUGAGAGUUUGGACAAGUGUCCUGGCUGCGGCGAGAAGCAUGAGUGAAGAGGUGAGACGUGUCCUGGGUUUCUGUGGGAGGUGAGGGAUUUGGAGGGGGGAGUGGAGAGUGAGGAUUGGGUUGCAGAGGUCUUGGCCGAU